AUGAAGCGCAGCGAACCGCGCGGCACCAUCUUCCUCAACCUCGCCUGGCUGCGGACCGCUGCGCUCGCGCUCCGGCGCCUUAUCUCCCGCGGCACGCUCGCCCGCGUCGCCCUCGCCCAGCGACUCGGCAUUCCUCCUUCAGCGGCGACGCAGCGGCAGCACGGCAUCGACUGCGCGUGCUACUACACCGAAAACCUCUUCGUCCGUUCGCCCGUCGAGGGCCACUUCUGCUUCGAAGGCCGCACCGCCUUUGAGCGCAGAGAGAGGCCGCUGCUCGAGUCUCUCUCUUUCGAGGCGCGUGACGAGCUCCUCUCGAGGCUGGAGGCGGAGGCGGCGCGGCGGCGCGGCAUCGUACCGGCGGCCGCGGCGCGCAAGGCCCGCGUCGCGGCCGAGUACUCGCCUCUCCGCCCCGAGCUGUGGACGCUGUGCGAGCGCUGGCUGCACCGCGACUUUGUGGACCUCGUCGAGCAGGCGAGGGCGGGCGAGCUUCGCGCGCCGCCGCAGCUCGCUCCGGGCAUCUAUACGCUGCCUGUCUUUUCGGAGCUCUUCUGCCGGCUGCUCACCGAGGAGCUGGCUCACUUUGGCGCCUCCGGACUGCCCGUCGGCCAGCCUAACUCGAUGAACCGCCACGGAGCCCUCCUUGACGAACUCGGGCUCUCGGCUGGCCUCCUCGACCCGCUGCUCUCGGACUGGCUGAGGCCGCUAUGCGCGGCGCUGCCGCCUCUGGCCGCGGCGGGCGGCGCGAGCAUCGACCACCACAAGGCGUUCGUGGUUGCGUACCGGCUCGGCGAGGACGAGAGCCUCUCGAUGCACGUCGACAACGCCGAGGUCACGCUCAACGUCAACCUCGGCGGCGGCUUCGAGCAGGGCGAGCUCCUCUUCUACGGGCGCACCGCCCACCCGCUGGCGCACCACGACUGGCACGACGGCGGAGGCGUGGGGCAUGGCGUGCUGCAUCUGGGAGCGCAGGCGCACGCGGCGCUGCCCAUCACCAGCGGCGAGCGGCUCAACCUCGUCAUCUGGAUGCGCUCACGCGCGCGGCGGCGCGAGGCGGGAUGCCCGAUGUGCGGACAGACUGAUCGGCUGCUAUGAGGCGCCUAUUUUCUAGGAUUGGCGAUUGCUUCGCACAGCUGGUCUUAUACUUGUGUGUCGUACGUAGCAGACCACUACUG